UGGCAAACUCACAAACUGAUAAUUUUAGAAUUUCGCGUUUAUAACCGAAAUAAUUUGAACAUUUCUGGUUUUUUCAGUUUUUAUUUACUUUAUACAUUUACAAUUUUCAAAUCAAUCGCGUUCUUUUAAAAACCAAUAAUUUAAAGUGAUUGAUUUGACUCUUGUAGUGAAACAAAUUUCAAACGUUCCAGUCUGAAGUGUGUAGCUAGCUCGAUAUAACUGUCAAUCUGGGUGUAGAAAUUUAUUUUGUAAUUUUCACCGGUUCUCAUGUGUAAUUUCUCAAUGUGUUAGACUAAUUUUGAACAAAGGUUCUUCGAGAAAUAAUGUUAUUUAGUGUAUGUGGUGCCUAAAUUUGUGCGAAAAUGGAUGACGGUACAAUAAAGAUUCAGUCCGGAAUUAAUAUCAACAUAAAAAGAACAGAUGGCCGGAUCCAUUCGGCGAUCGUCUCCGGGGUCAACUUGGAGACGAGGUCAGUUACAGUGGAAUGGUACGAGCGUGGCGAGACCAAGGGCAAGGAGGUGGAGAUUGACGCCAUCCUGGCCCUCAACCCGGAGCUCGCAGUCGGACCCAGGCACCACACACCACACCUACAGCCAAUGCCCAACAAACUCGCCAGGGAUAUGACGCGGCAAUCCAUACCGGUGGCGACAAAAGCGCCGUCCCGGGUGACACGCAACAACCAGAUGCGGUUGUCGAACGCGGGCGGCGCGUACACGAACGGGCAUGGGGGCGACACGACGGGGCGACGGGGGGCGGAGAACGUGCCGCCGCCGCAGCAGCCGCCGCAGCCGACGCCUGCUAACACCCGGAUUACGCAGCAGUUCACAGCGAGCAGCGUGGCGGGCGGCGGCGGGGCUCGUCCGGCGGGCGUGUCGAGCACGGUGUCGGUGCCGCACGCGGUGGCGUCGGGCGCCGUGCGACGCUCCAACGUCGUCAAGGAGGUCGAGCGCCUCAAGGAGAACCGCGAGAAGCGGCGCCAGCGACAGGCCGAGCUCAAGGAGGAAAAGGAAGCAUUAAUGAACUUGGAUCCUGGCAAUCCGAACUGGGAGUUCCUAGCCAUGAUCCGAGAGUAUCAGAACAGCAUCGAGUUCCGGCCGCUGACUGGCAACGAGCCGGUCGAAGAUCAUCAGAUCACCGUCUGUGUAAGGAAGAGGCCGCUCAAUAAGAAGGAGAAUUUGAAGAAAGAGGUGGACGUAAUCAGCGUGCCCACCAAAGACCAGAUGAUAGUGCACGAGCCCAAGAACAAGGUGGACCUCACCAAGUACCUGGAGAAUCAGAAGUUCCGCUUCGACUACGCUUUCGAUGACUCCUGCACCAAUGAAGUCGUCUACAAAUAUACGGCCAAGCCGCUAGUGCAGACGAUAUUCGAGGGCGGCAUGGCGACGUGCUUCGCCUACGGACAGACUGGCUCCGGCAAGACGCAUACCAUGGGUGGCGACUUCCAGGGUAAAACUCAAGACUGCAAGAAGGGCAUCUACGCGAUGGCGGCGCGGGACGUGUUCGCGUACCUCAAGUCGCCCAAGUACAAGCCGCUCAACCUCAUCGUGUCCGCCUCCUUCUUCGAAAUAUACUCCGGCAAGGUGUUCGACCUGCUAGCGGACAAGGCGAAGCUGCGGGUGCUGGAGGACGGCAAGCAGCAGGUGCAGAUCGUGGGGCUGACGGAGAAGGUGGUGGACAACGUCGACGAGGUGCUCAAGCUCAUCCAGCAUGGCAACGCCGCCAGGACUUCAGGACAGACGUCGGCGAACUCGAACUCGUCCCGCUCGCACGCGGUGUUCCAGAUCGUGGUGCGGUCGCCCGGCAUGCACCGCGUGCACGGCAAGUUCUCGCUCAUCGACCUCGCCGGCAACGAGCGCGGCGCCGACACCUCCUCCGCCAACAGGCAGACGCGCAUGGAAAGCGCAGAAAUCAACAAAUCCCUACUCGCUCUCAAAGAAUGCAUCCGAGCCCUCGGCAUGAAGGGACAGAACCACCUUCCCUUCCGCGUGUCGAAGCUGACGCAGGUACUGCGGGACAGCUUCAUCGGCGACAAGUCCCGCACCUGCAUGAUCGCCAUGAUCUCCCCCGCGCUGUCCUCCUGCGAACACUCGCUCAACACCCUGCGCUAUGCCGACCGCGUCAAGGAGCUGGGCACUGCAGACCCCGCCAGGAGGAACGAUGAACCCCUGCCUGAUGUCGACAUGGAGCCUGCACAUGAUCUAGCGCAGCUACGGUCACUCAAUAACAAUUAUUUCCAGGAGGGCGACAUGUCGGCGGAAAUGUACACGUUCCACGAGGCCAUCGACGAGAUGCAGCGAGCCGAGGAGGAAGUGCUGGACAACCACAAGGCCAUCUCCGACUACCUGCAGCAUGCGCUGCAGCGCUGCAACCAGCUGCUCGCCAUCACCAGGGACGUCGACUACGAUCAGGACGCAUACGCGACCCAAUGGGAGGAGCUGCUGAACGAGCAGCUAGCCGUGCUGGCGCAGUCGCGGGACCUGGUGGCGGAGUUCCGCAGCAAGAUGCAGCAGGAGGAGCACAUCUCGCGCCGCAUCCAGCCGCCGCGACACCACUAGCCCCACUGUCCACCCCCCCAUACCCUGCCCACUUCGUACGUAUUCGAUAAACUCCGAGAUUCUCACUUGUCUGUGGUUGGCCGACACUCUUAGCAGGAUUGUUCCGUCUCCCUGCUAAGAGCACCGGUCCGAGUGACGUAUGAAUGUAUUGUUCGCAUAUAAUAUAGAACUUGUGCAACAACGGUCUGUUUUAGUUAUAACAUGACAUCAACUUCUGUAAAAAUACUGACUGACCACUAGUCGUUUCUUAUUCGCCUUAUUAUGAAAUACAUGUAUUCGCAUAAAGAUGCAACUGUUCUGUAAAGUGCAUCGGAGAGCUGUCUUCUAGGCUCCGGAUUGAAAAUGUACAAAAAUUGAUCAUUUUGAAAGUUAGCAUAAAAAUAGGAUAUUUUGAGGGCGGAGUAUAAAGACGAAUGUAAUGUAUCAAUUUUAAUCCUUGACAUAAGAAAUUACGAAUCGCGAUAUUCGAUAACUAGACUAUUGAAUUUAUUCCGUAUUUUAUCGACGCUGCAUAAGAUGGCGGCCAAUAUGGCGGUCGAACACGUCACACAAACCGCUGACACAGAAAUUACAGUGUGUAAAUUAAUCAGUAUUGUGACAAAUUGAAUGUUCGGUGACCGUGUGUAGCUGGCCUACUGUAUAAUUGCUUCAAUUGAUUGAUUUGCCCGCGGUUCGGAAACUGAGCGAGUUGUGACCACUUGUUCGAUAUUAUUGUAAAGCUUAGUAUACCGAGGUAUGUGCCGUCGUGUUGAAAACGAGAGACUGUUUAUUUGUAAUGUUUGAAGCACAAAUGAUGGUCGUACGGCCGGCAACUGUCCCGCGACUCGUUGACGCGCCAUUUUGACGUGUAUUUUUAACUCAAUAACGUCCAAAACGGCAUGUCAGCCUCAGUCGUACUGCCGAAGCUAUGCGUGUGACACUAAACGUGCUAUUACGAGUAUCCGUAGUAGAGACCAAUCUUUAGUUUCUGUAAUUGUUUAUACAGUACUAAAGUGGAUAAAGGUCCGAAUUCACUUGACAGUAUAGGUCAAUUUGUUUUGAGUGAUGCCCUAACACUUUAUUUAUAUCCACGCGAGGUUUAAUCAGUGAAUUCACCCUUUGCUCAUACUACAGAUACAAAACUACGUGUUAGAUAUUGGUAGGUACGAUUAUCGAUCGAUAUCUAAGACGUAAUCGAAUCAUAUAAUUGUAAGGUGCGAGACAUUACCCUAUUAACGUUAAGUCACUAAUUCUGGAUGCAUUUAACUUUCGCUAAAGGCCUAUUGUCAAACUGUAGAUAUUUUUAUAUACCGGGAGAUUUGGAAGUACAAACGUGACAGUGAGGCGGUCCCAGUGAUUGUGCGUAGUUCCUCAUUGGCGUGACUAGAUGCAGCGGGAAUGUGCCGACCCCGCCCAGUCUCAUCAUCCGCUUCCGAUACCCGCUUAGAACUUUAUUGCCUUGUUUUAACCUAAAAACUAACUUCUAUAUAUUGUUAAUAAAACAAUAAAUAAGUUUGUAAGGGUCGAAAGGCGCAGGCCAAGUUCGUUUUGUUUAAUGCCCUAGUUGCGCCAAUGUCCUUAAACAUUAAUGUAUCUGUCAAAAUUCUAUCCAUCGUGUUUAUCUAUAACUUGGCGCUUACAUGUUCUUACUUGGCCAUGCUUGAUUUAAGCCAAGUGUGGUCAAGUAUUGCUUAUAUUAUUUCUAGCUUUUUAUGAUGGUUUCAGUUUUAACUUGGCCGCUUACCCGACUAGCCAAGUUGACGGUUUUGACGGAUAAAUACUGUGAUUUGUUUUCAUGACAAAAUUGUUAUAAUAUGUUUGGCAUAACGAAGUACUCGGAAUGUUGUGAAAUAGUUGUUUUAAAAUUAGAUAUUUUUGAAUGUAUACUGCGUUGUAAUACUUUUGCGCACGAAGGUUGUUUUUAUCUUGACAGUAAAAUGCACCUAAACAUAGAAAAUAUAUGAUAGAUUUCACUAUUGUUAAAAAUAUCUUUGUAUAAAUUACCUAAGUUGCGUUUAAUUACUGACAUCUUGUCAAUUAAAAAAAAAAUUUUAAGACAAAAAUAAUCUUCGUAACGCGAUGAACUAAUGAAGUAUUGAUCGAUAAUGUAUAAAUGUUGAGUAUCAUGUGAUUGAUUAACAUAUCUUUUGCAUAUAAAAUCGCUUGUUAUUCUGUCGUUGUGAACGUAACUAUUGACAUUUACUGAGUUUUUUGUGUACGUAUUUAAGGCGGCAUAUUUUGUUAAUAAAUUUCUACUGAUGUUUCUACUUUCAAUACCCGAAAUCCACUUUUGUUCUUACUGUCUCUUCUAUUAUACACAAUGAAUACAUUUCUGUCAUAUAAUCUUAACCUCUUCUAGCUAUACAUGUAUUUCUCUUUUUUAUUAUUUCUGUGGGAAUGCAAACCACUCACUUAUGCCUCCAUAAAUACGCACACAAUAAAUUUUUAGUUUUCAUAAAUUACGUGAAUGGUAUAGUUGGCUAGAAAUGUAAAAGUUGAGUAUUUAAGUCGUCCGGGACAGCUGUAGGGGACAUCUCGACGUGACACAUUCCAUGCGAUGAGAUUACAACAUUAUUCUACAGUCAUUAUUUAAGAAAUUAUACAUUUAAAAUUAAAAUUGUUCAUUCAUAAUAUCAUUCAUUGAAAUCACAUACAGCUUUUAGCUGUGGCAUUUACCACAAUAUUGUCUUGAGAUAAUUCCUACAGCUGUCUGCCAUAUUAAUAUAUAUCUUAUAAUAUACAAUAGUAAAUGCAGUAAUAAUUGUGUUGUUGAUUUUUUGACGUUCAACAUUGGCGUGACUAUGUAAAAUUAUCAAGUUAUAUCAUGUCUUGACAACACUAACAUUUAUUGAAUAAUUUUUAAAUCAAUAUUUCAUUGUCGUACGUUUUUACAUAACUGAUAAUUCCUACCUAUGGUGCUUGAAUUCGUUGGCCUUUACAUAGGCAUGGUAUAACUCGAUAGAACGAACGUAUGGAGUUCCUCACUCAACGGUAGUCCGAAGUACCCUAUGUUGUGUUGUAUCGGCUAAUUGAUACUUAUUGUGAAGGAAGAACAUGGAACCAUUCUUCCUGCUUAUUUAUGUCAAUGCUUUAUUUUAUGGAUCAGUGCGUUAGGCAGUGAUUUGACUUCAAUAAAGUGGGCUUCGAGCAAAGCUCUUUCCCGCAUUUUUAAUUGUGUCUUUUUCACAUUAUUUGUGUUACUGCGGCGAAUUAACACUAAACGACAUCGUGAGUGUAGUCUAACCCAGGUGCGUUUAGUUCAGUUUGCUACGGCAAUGCAGUCUUGUGUUCGAUAGUAACGACUAGCAUGCUAGGGGCUGGUGAGAUAAAUUUCUAUACACAGAUAUUUACUCCUACCAUGAAUAUUGUAAUUUAUUUUAUAGAAAAACCAUCGUCGACUAUUAAAAAUCGUAAACUCAUUUUUUAUUAUUAAUAAAAAUAGUAAAACUACUUAAAAGACUAUGUAACUAUGUAAGUUUUUCAAGUCAGUCAUUAUAUUUUUUUUCAAUUGUUUUGUAAUGGGACUUAUUUAUUAUGUUGUGAUAGAACGAGCAUAUAUUAGUUCGUGUUCCUGACGCCGAGCCUGCGCUCGCGACGACACGCGUGACGCGAACACUAUCUUCCAUUCUGGAAUUUUCUCUUAGUUAUAUAAAUUUACGAAUGUAUCUUUACAAUUUGCUGGUCGGAUGAUUGUCGCAUACAACAGAAUGGAAUAUAGAACGUAGUGAACUACAAAUAUACGUAAAUAAAUUUUUCGUUUGUAACCUGAAUUAAUAACCACUAUAAAUGUCUGCGAAAUAAUAAAUAAACAUAACACGAACAUUUUUGUGGUUUAAUAUCCGCUCUUCUGGUGCUAGGACUAGACUUUGCUUUUAACUAUAACCCCGAGGGUCCGAAGGAUUGACAAGUAUUCGCUUUUAUUUUCAGAAAGUAACGUUAAUUUUGAAUUUAGUUUUCGUAAUCGUGGAAAAUGCGGGGUUGUCAAGGAUUUGAUUAAAGCACUCGUAUAUUUGCAUGGAUUGAAAACACAAACAGUUGUCAUUGGGAGCUAGUUACACUUGGUUUAGAAAAUUAUUAUGUGGCUACAGCUGACGCUAAGUAAAAUUACAAGUGUUAUUUCGGCUCGGUAAUCAUUACGUUUGCGUAAUGUCCGUGCGAAUGUACGAGUGCGAGCCCCUCAGAACGCCUUGGCUACGUCGACCCUAUCCGAGGUAACUAUGUAUACUGUAGCUUACAACAUUAUUAGAUAGCGCUUAUUAAUAAAUAAUUAAAACAAAACGAAUCGGCCCUCUGUAUCAGAGUGGCUGCUGCGCCGAUGUUUGAUCGUACUGAACAAAAAAAUCUCUCUUACUAUAAUUAUUAUACGUUUUUUUUAAUAAUUGUAUUAUUAUAGAGAUUGUAACCGCGUUGGAUUGAAUUAGUUUUUGUAUAGAAGCGUUUGAGUAAAUGAACAAGUGUUGAAUGCAGGUGCGGCGCAUUCCCGCUCUAGUUGUCUAGUUAAAUGCUUUAUUAUAAACUUUAUUUUAACAUCGCACAUGAUAAUAAAUUAAUCAAAAUUGA